UCACGCGAGAGGGAGAUAGUAUUCUCGCGAGAACUCUGGGAGGCGGCAGUGAUGGCGGCGGCGGGAACCGGACCCGGACCCGGAGUGGAUGCAGGACCCGGCCCAGCCGCGGCCGCAAAUGCAACAGCGGCGGAAGAAGGGGAGACAAAACCGGUGGUAGCGGUGGCAACUGCCCCGGCUGGAGAGGGGACAUCUGUUGCUCCAGCAGCGGAACCCGGUUCUGGAGAGGCAGAAAGCGGGGAUGCAAAUUCAGUCGACGUAGGUGGUGGUUUGGAGACAGAAUCCUCUAAUGGAAAAGAUACACUAGAAGGUGCUGGGGAUACUUCAGAGGUGAUGGAUACUCAGGCUGGCUCGGUGGAUGAAGAGAAUGGCCGACAGUUGGGAGAGGUAGAGCUGCAAUGUGGGAUAUGUACGAAAUGGUUCACAGCCGACACGUUUGGCAUAGAUACCUCAUCCUGUCUACCUUUCAUGACCAACUAUAGUUUUCACUGCAAUGUGUGCCAUCAUAGUGGGAAUACCUAUUUCCUCCGGAAGCAAGCAAACUUGAAGGAAAUGUGCCUUAGUGCUUUGGCCAAUCUAACAUGGCAGUCCCGAACACAGGAUGAACAUCCGAAAACCAUGUUCUCCAAAGAUAAGGAUAUCAUACCAUUUAUUGAUAAAUACUGGGAGUGCAUGACGACCAGACAGAGACCUGGGAAAAUGACUUGGCCAAAUAACAUUGUUAAAACAAUGAGUAAAGAAAGAGAUGUAUUCUUAGUAAAGGAGCAUCCUGAUCCCGGGAGUAAGGACCCAGAAGAAGAUUACCCCAAAUUUGGACUUUUGGAUCAGGAUCUUAGUAACAUUGGUCCUGCUUAUGACAACCAAAAACAAAGCAGUGCUGUGUCUACAAGUGGGAAUCUAAAUGGUGGAGCCUCUUUUGGAGGGGGAAUUGCAGCAGGAAGCAGUGGAAAAGGAAGAGGAGCCAAGCGCAAGCAGCAGGAUGGAGGGACCACCGGGACCACCAAGAAGGCCCGGAGUGACCCUUUGUUUUCUGCUCAGCGCCUUCCCCCUCAUGGCUACCCCUUGGAACACCCGUUUAACAAAGAUGGCUAUCGGUAUAUUCUAGCUGAGCCUGAUCCCCAUGCCCCUGACCCUGAGAAGCUUGAACUUGACUGCUGGGCAGGAAAACCUAUUCCUGGAGACCUCUACAGAGCCUGCUUGUAUGAACGGGUUUUGUUAGCCCUACAUGAUCGAGACUUUGAUGACCUUGAAGCUUUUGAAAAUGAGAGGCCACUUGUUUUAUAGAAUAUCCUGCAAUUUGAGUUUGUCUGGUUGAAAUCUCAGGAUUCGAUUCAAUUCUGCAUCUUUGACAGAAAUAUCAUUAAAAUGAUGUUAUGUUCUUCAUGUUGCAUCCUGUCAGGUGGUACGUGAUUUUACUUUGUUCCAUUACUGAUGUCCACUUUGAUCAUUUAGCUAACAUGGUACCUGCCAGGUUUAUCCACUGAAAAGUUACUUUUUUCCCCCUAUGUAAUUAAGUAUUUUAGGAGGAGGUACACCCUUUACUGUCCUAGUCUAUCCUGGACACUUGCCUUGCUCAGUCCCCACCUAGUGGCUUUAGGGCUGAAUUGCCCAGGGAGGGAUAAGGGAAAAAGUGUAUUUGAGAAGGUAGAAUUUGCCAAGUACCUAAGAAAGUUCUGCUAUACAGCAUGUAAUUCAUUUAAGGAAGUUAUCGUUGUAUCUGCCUAGGACAUGAGCCAUUAUGGUCUGUGUAACCAAAAGAGUGGGGGGCCAGGGCUUUUCAGUCAGCUGUGCCACACUGAGCUGCGGUAUGAUCUUGAACAGUCACAGAAUCGGCUGCUCCGUCUGCACGGUAGAAAGGGUCAGAGUCUGUCUACCUACCUAUCUACCUGUGAAAGUACAUUGUAAAUCAUAAAGACCUUUAUAAAAGCUAUAGCCAAUCUAAAUUUUGUGCUUCUUCCAGUAGAAUUCAGGCUUUUAGUGUUACAAACAUGGUUUCAAAUGCUUUUUCCUCAGUUAAGUCUUAAUUGGAUCUGUGAUGUUUCUGCAUUGAUAAAAUCAAACUACAUCACCUGAAAAUACUCUCCUAUCUUUUGUCAUUUUUUUCUUCAUUUCCAAGUCACAAUAUCCCCUCCAAUUGAUUUAGAUUGUCCCCUGUAUCUUACAUAAUGGCCUCAUAGUCAAGUUUCAAACCAUACACAAAGGUAGAGAGAUGAAUACAAUGAAUCUUAUACUUUCCACCCACAUUUAGCAGUUAUCAAGUUUUUGCCAUAUUUGUUUUACUGUUUAUUUUUGUGUUUCUCUUUUUCUGAAUUUUUAAGAAGUAAAUCUCACUCUACAUACUCUAAAAAAUAUGCAUUUCUAAAAGAUAGGGAUGCUUUCUCUCACAACCACAAAGCUAUUAUCACACUUAACAAAAGUAAUCAUUCCUUGCUAUCAUCUGAAUUCAGUCCAUAAUCAGAUUUCCUUGAUUGUGUCAGGUGUCUUUGUAUCUCCCCACAAAAUGCUUAUUAAUUA